AAUUUUAAAUGCCAAAUAUUAUAAAACGAUUGUGCAAGUGUGCUGGCAACAUACAACAAUAAAAUUAGCAGCCAAUCAGGCGGUGUGCCAAAGGAGAUUGAAACCAAUGCGUCAAAAUCGUGCUGAGGUCCUCGAUUCAGAUACAGAUACUGACAAUGACAAUCGCAAUGAUGAUGGUCAGCAGCCCAGUCACCGAUUUGACAUUGUGCACGCGGUUGAGCCAGUAGGGAGUAUUGGAGUUGGGAAACCAAGUCAAUUAUUUAGCCACGAAGACGACGAAUAAUAAUAAUAACAAUAACAACAACAACAACAACAACAACAACAACAAAGCCAAAGGCAAAGAACCACAAUAAGAACAACAACAAUAAUAUAUAAAGUAAAUCGCAGCGAAGCGCGAUUUUGGCAUUGAUUUUUUUAAAGACGUAGAAUUUAAGAAAGCACUCAAAAUGACGGUGGACUUUAAUGAUUACUUUUGGGGGGAGAAGAACAAUGGGUUCGAUGUGCUCUAUCACAAUAUGAAAUUUGGUCUGGUGGCCAGCAAGGAGCUCUCCGAGUUUCUGCGCGAGAAGUCGAACAUUGAGGAGCAAAACUCGAAAAUGAUGUCGAAGCUGGCGCACAAGGCCAGUACGGGCACAUUGAACAGCACAUUUGCGCCCGUUUGGACCAUAUUGCGCACCUCGGCCGAGAAGCUGUCCACGCUGCACAUGCAAAUGGUGCAGAAGUUGACUGAGCUGGUCAAGGAUGUGGCCAAAUAUGCCGAUGAGCUGCACAAGAAGCACAAGUGCGUUAAAGAAGAGGAGUCCCAGACGUUGGAAUGCGUUCAAGCCAUACAAACAUCAACGGUGGCUGUGCAAAAGCUACGCGAUUUGUAUGCCAGCAAGGUGGUUGAGCUAGAGAAGCUGCGCAAGGACAACGGCUCGCACAAGGAUGCCGAGAAGCUGGAGAGUAAACUAAAGAAACUCCAAGAGGACUACAAAGCGUUGCUCGACAAACACAAUCCUAUCAAGAACGAGUUCGAGCGACGCAUGAGUCAAACUUGCAAGCGCUUUCAAGAGAUCGAGGAGGUGCAUCUGCGCCAGAUGAAGGAGUUUCUAUCUACGUACUUGGAAAUGCUACAGAACAAUCACGAUAUGGUUGGACAAGUGCACUCGGACUUCAAGCGUCAGUUUGUCGAUAUGUCUGUGGAUAAGCUGCUCGAGCAAUUCGUCUUAAAUAAAUACACAGGCCUCGAGAAGCCUGAAAUGCUCGAACUGGAGUUUGUAUCACUGUCGAGUGGAGCACGUCUGCAGCCGACGCAGCAGGCAUCGAAUUCAAAUUCGGCGGCCAGUAUACAGGCGGCAUUGCGUUCGGGCGGAGCAGCUGCCGCUGCAUCUGGCAGCCUGGUAUCGAUGGAUCAGCGUGGCGGUGGUGGUGGUGGUAGCGGCAGUGCUGGCGAUGCUCUUGCAGGCGUUUCGCUGGGUAGCGGCAGUGCGGCCAGUGGCAGCAUACCCUAUGCGGAUGAUGCAAUGCUGGGUGGUGGUGGUGUUCCUUCACCGCCGCGACCCACAUCGCCGGAAACGCUGGGCGCUCAACCACCGCCAACAAGCGCUUCGACGUCAACGGUGAAGAGUCUGCGCUCCUGGUUUAUGCCGACGGCUAGCAAACAACAACAGCAGCAACAAAAUGUCGGAGUCGCCAGUCCUGGGAAUUUCGGUAUGCCUGCCAACAGCAACAGUUCCAACAACAACAAUUACAGCAACACGAACAUCACAACAGCAACAAGCGACAAUUUGAACACCAACAACACAACAACAACAACAACAACUGGCACGAUUAAUUUCACCACCAAUGUCACCACCAAAAAUUCCCCUAACUCAGAGCUUCUGGAUACUAGUAAUCAAGUUUCGGGCAUUUUGCGUAGUAGACGCGACAAGGCGAAAACCAAAAAGUCCAAAAAGAAGAAAGACAACGAGGCUGCCGAUCACAAUAUACAGGAGGAGCGCCUGACCAGCGUGGAGCGCUCGAAUAAUACAUUACUCGACUAUGAUGAUCAUGGGCGCAGCAUGAAGACGCAAAACUCGAGCGGCAGCAGUGCAGGUGGCGGCUUGGCUGCCCUGUCUGCUACCUCGGCCCAGGGCAGCGUUGAUUCCGCUGGCGCCAGCAGCAUGGGUGCCGGCAGUGGUGGUGCAGGCGUCGGUGCUGGUGUCAGUGGUAGCGGCCUGGCGGCCAAUGCAAGCAGCAGCACUGCGGGUGUGGGUCCAGCGACCACAACAACAACUGCUGGAGCUGCACCAGGCGCAGCUGCUGGUGCUGCUGCUGGUGGCGCCAAUGCCAGCGGUAGCGGUUACGAGGUGGACGAGGAAGGGUUCAGCAUACAGCCAGCUAAGGAGAUUGCCUGGGAGGAAAGCCAGGACAAGUCAGCUGGCAGCUUCUACUCGGACUCCGACUCGGAUUCGGAUAACGACAAGCGACGCAUUCAUGUUAAGAUUAAGCCACUUAACAACGGACAGGCGCCCAUGUCAGCGAGUGUGGAUGAGUUGCGGGCCACCGUUGAGAAUAUAUCGCUGUCACCCACGGGAGUUUUUGCUCAUCACAGCCAACAGCUGCAGGGCGGUGCACGCGGCGGUGCGGCUGCAUCGCGUCAACAGUCGCCAGAGAUAUCGAAUGCUUCAACGCCGACGGCCAGUGUGCAUCCAUAUGCGCCGCUGCAGAGUCCGACGUUGUCGAACAACAACAAUGCAAAUAAUGCAAACCACAAUCGCUAUGCGGAUCUGGGCGAUAUAUUCUCUGAGUUGGGUGACAUGAGCGUCUCGGCGCCAGCAUCGGCCACGUUGAGCAAACCGCCUAGUCGUCAGAUACCCACACCCACAUCCGCUGUCGGCGGCAGCAGCAUUGCCAUUCCACGACCCCCAUCCCGUCGCUCCGAUAUGAUUGCCAUUGGUCCAGCAGCGACCAGUGCGGCAGCGGCAGCGGCUACAGCUGGGGGCGCAACAAGUCUCGGACGUGGACGCAUGAGUCCGGCGCCAGCAAUGAAUCGAGCGGACAGCAUUGGCAGUCUGGAGUUUCGCACCGCCAUUGGCGGCAUGGGCUCAUCGCGUGGCCCGUCACCGCUGACAAUUGGGAUUUCGGACACAAUACCGCUGGCGGUGGCAUUCCAUGAGAUAAUACACGCCUAUUUCAGAGGCAGCGACGAGUCGCGUUGCCAGGUGAAAGUGUCUGGUGAUAUGAUGCUAUCAUUCCCAGCCGGCAUUGCCGGUCUGCUAGCAAAUAAUCCAAAUCCAGCCAAGCUGGGCUUUCGCAUUAAGCAAGUACAAAAUCUCGAGAGUCUUGUGCCCAAUGGCAAACUGGUGCAUAUAGAUCGGCAACAGUCGAGCUCAUUGAGCACAAUGCUGGAGUUUAAUAUGCCCGCGUUGACUGCAUUGUUGCGCUGGCAGGCGGAGAAUAAUCCGAAUGCCUCGUACUUUAACGUGGACAUACUCAAGUAUCAGGUGCGAACGAAGCCUGGCGCCAGCUCGUGCCCCUUCCAGCUGGUCAGCUACUGGAAAUGCGAGCCCAGCUAUACGGCGCUCAAGGUUGACUACAAGUACAAUAAUCAUGCCAUGGCCAGUGCAUCGCCGCUGCUGAAUGUGACACUCUCGGUGCCGGUCAAUGGUUCUGUUCGCAAUGUUCAGUCCAAGCCCCAUUCAUCCUGGUUGGGUGAAUCGAAUCGCUUGGUAUGGAAUUUUACGGACAUCUCACAGAAUUCGCAGGAUGGCGGUGUUGGUACGCUCCGUGCACGCCUCGAACUCAACGAUGGCCCCUCGACGCCGGCGAUGCUGGCCACUCAGUUCAAUUGCGAGGGCACGACUUUGUCGGGCAUUGAGUUUGAGCUUCAGGGCAGCGGUUAUCGUUUGUCCUUGGUGAAAAGACGUUUCGUUUCAGGGAAAUAUGUGUGUGAGGGCGAUGGUAUACGUAGCGGUGCCACUCCCACACCGCCCUCAGUUGGCUCCACCAGUCCGUAUUCAGCUAAAUCGAAUUAGUGUGCAACCCUAUUGGCAAUUGGCUUGUGAAACUAGCGAAAUUUGUAUCUAAAACUGAAAAACUGAACUAUAGACCUAUAACUAAAACUAAAUGAAGAAAAUCAUUUUGUACUGCAAA